AACGAGCAUUCAUGUGAAAGUCUUGUGACUCCAAAUAAAUUAAUCCGAACCGUGGAUAUUGACGUCGUGAUUGUAUUGUUGCAAUUUACUGAUCUCAUUUGACCGUUUACGAAACGAUGAAGGCAAACUACAUUGGUUUUACUCUUUUGUUCAUAUGUUCAGUAUUUUUGCUGGACGAUGUCGAAGGCAAAUCAUGGGUAUUGAUUGUAGCCGGUUCAAAUACAUGGGAGAAUUACCGACAUCAGGCAGAUGUUUGUCACGCAUACCAAAUUGUCCAUCGAAAUAAAAUUCCUGAUGAAAACAUUGUCGUUAUGAUGUACGACGAUAUCGCUCAUAACAAAGACAACCCGACGCCGGGAAAAAUCAUCAACAAGCCCCACGGUCCUGAUGUAUAUGAAGGGGUAGUAAAGGAUUACACAGGAGCAGAUGUGACGCCAAAGAAUUUUUUAAAUGUUCUGAAAGGAGAAAAGGCGGCUAUGAGCGGCAUUGGUAGUGGAAAAGUUAUUGACAGUGGUCCUGAUGACGACGUGUUUGUUUACUUUGCUGACCAUGGUGCACCUGGAUUGCUUGCUUUUCCCGAUGUUGCGCCACCAUUGACAAAGAAGGAACUCCUACACGCUUUGAACUUUAUGCACGAAAAGAAAAAGUACAAUAAGAUGGUCUUAUAUGUGGAAGCAUGUGAAUCAGGAUCAAUGUUUGCAAAAAAAUUACCUGAUGAUGUCAAAAUCUUUACAACAACCGCUGCCAAUCCACAUGAGUCGUCCUACGCGACGUACUGGGACGAGUAUAGAGAAACAUAUCUUGGUGACCUCUACAGUAUUUCUUGGAUGGAGAAUUCGGAUAAGUUCAACCUGUCGAAGGAAACGCUACAAGAGCAAUUUUACAAAGUAAAAAAGAGGACGAACCUUAGUCAUGUUCAGGAAUAUGGCGAUGAGUCAAUCUCGAGUAAUCCAGUCAUCGACUAUCAGGGUGAAGGAAAGGGGUCCUGGAAACCAGCCAAGGAUACUAAAGAAUAUUCCACCGAGGACUCCACUCCAUCUCCCGAGGUACCAUUUGUAAUUCUCGAACGACGUUUGUUGAAAGCGACCUCGCAGAAAGAGAAGAUCAAGAUUGAAGAGAAAAUCAUGAGUCUCCUUCAGGAGCGACAAAAAGUGCGUGAAACUGUGCAGAGAAUUGUUGAACGAGCAAUUCAAGACAAAGGACAGAGGUUGAGAAUUCUGGAAGGCCGAUCAGGAGAAGUGACGCAGCUUAACUGUCACAGCGAUGUUGUUCACGCAUAUUCUGAAAAAUGCUUCCCGUUAGGAAAGAACGAUGCGGCAUUAAGGUCUGUACAUGUUUUAGCCAACAUGUGUGAGGAAAGAAUUCCUUCGGCAAAAUUACUGUCGGCAAUCGAGGAGGUGUGUUUAAAAAAUAAUUAAAGCGAUCACGCAACUCGAACUAUUGCAAGAAAUACGUUGCUGAAGUGUUUUUUGCUGUGAUUUUUAAAAUAAAAUUAUCAACGCCAAUUUAA